AUGUAUUCUGGUAGUGAUUCAACAGAAUCGGCAAACUAUGGCCAGUGGCCAUUGAAUCCAGCAUUUUUUCAAAAUAUGCCCAAUGAACAAGUGGAUUGGGCUGCUUUAGCACAACAAUGGAUUCAAAUGAAAGAAGCAGGACCGCCUCUUCCCGAACCAAAACUACCUAAUAAUAAUUCAGAAGUAAAAGAGACUCCUCUAGUCCAAAAAGAAGUUCUUCCACCUGUUAUUCCUGAGGAUAAUGUAGCUAAUGCUCCUUGGAAUAGCGUGACAAACUCUAUUGAGUCUCAGGACAGUUCAUGGAAUUGGAAAACUCAACAGAAUUGGGAAUGGGGAAAUCCGGCAUGGAAUCCCCAUCUCAGUACUGCACCAGUUGUGAAUCCACCCUCUAAGACAACAUUGCUACCAAUAACUAAGGGAUAUUCAUCUAUAGAUGCGCCAAAAGAAACUUCAACUACUUCAACAGGUUAUACGAGUGUGAAGAGCAGUGAAUUUGGAAGCAGCUACAGUGGACAAUCUGCUCCGAACCAUUCACGAAAUUACAAACCUCAUAAUCGACGUUACAGUAAAGUGAACAUACCUAAAACUAACACUACGUCUCCAUCUCCUGCGGUCAAUAUUCCACAAAUUUCAGAGAUCGAAACCAGUAACUUAGAUGCUAAUAAGAGGAAACAGUUGCCUGCUUGGAUAAGAGAAGGUUUAGAAAAAAUGGAAAAGGACAAACUCAAACAAAUGGAGAGAGAAAAGGAGAAGGAGAAACAAACUUUAUUCUCUGAGAAAGUGAAAGAACAUGAAAAGGAGGCUAUGGAAAUAUUGAAAGACACAAUAAAUGAAAGAAGAAGGAGCAAAUUCGACAGUGAUGAUGAGCACAGUCCUAGGCCAAUUGAAGAAAAAGAGGACCCCGAACCUCUUAACUACGAUGACUUGAUUAUAUUAGUUCGAAGAACCAUGACGGAAAUUUUAUUAAAGGUUACAAAUGAAGCAAUUCAUUCAAUAUGUACAGAGGAGCGACAAAGAUACAUGAAAAAAACACAGAGUCUCGGGAAAGUCACUGGAAAAACAAAUGUAAAGGCUAAGCUUGGCUUGGGUAUGUAUGGCAGCGAUUCGGGUAGUGAAAGUGAUAAUAGCGAUUCAUCUACCAAGGACUCUGAUGAUGAACUGAAAAAUUCCAUACGGAAAAGAAAAGCAGAGUUUGUUCAAACAGAGAAAGGAAUCGAGGAUAAGUUACAGCAGGCUGAAAAGGAUAAGGAUAGUAAGAAGACUAAAGAUGAGGAGGAGGAGAACAGUUCAGAGAACAAUGUGGAAGAAUACACUCCUGAAAAGAAGAAAGAUGAAGGAGUAACAAAAAAUAAGGAUACAAACUCAAAACAUCGUCGGAGUUCCUCUCGAAGCUCGGAUGAGAGUGAUGAUGAGUCCAGCCACCGAAAAUCAUCUUCGAGCAGGGAAUCUUCCUCAAGCACAAGGAGACGACAUAGGAAUAGGUCUAAGGGCAGAGGUUUCACGCCAGAGAAACGAAAGAAACACAAAUCCAAAAGGUCUCGUUCCAGAUCUCAUGAUAGGAGACAUUCUUCGGACUACAAAUAUAAAAAGGAUAGGAAUCGUUCUGACAGAUCCAGAAGGUCUAGAUCGAGAACAUCAAGAUCAUCGAGGAGGUCCCGAUCUCGGUCUUCUUCUUAUAGAUCUAGAAGAUCCCCCGACAGAAGCUCUCGAUCUAAACGGAAACGUUCUAGGUCGCCAUAUUAUUCCAGCAGAAGUUCGAAAAGGUCGAGAUCAAGGUCACGUGGAAGAUCCUCAAGAAGGUAAUGAAUACCAAAAUGAGGAGCAAAGAACAAUCUUGUUUUUAUUUAUUCCAUAUAGAUUCGUUGUGUUUCUCUAGUUGGAGAUCAAUAUUCCGGUUGUUUACUUUAUUUUCACUUGUUUCUUGCAUACUUUUAGGGUUUGUAAAAAAAAUGUAACUUCACUUGCAGUUUAAGUGAGGUGCACUUCUUUUUACUCUUUGACAUUGAAAUGUUUCAAGAAGUUAUGUGAAAGUUGAAUAGUGAGCAUAAAAUAUUUUUGAAAUCUUUGUCAUGUGGUUUAGUUCCCGUGAAAAUUUGGAUUUCAGAAAUGAUAUCGGACUCAAUGAGAGCAUAACAUUGUUUUAGUGAAUUUAGUUGUAAUAUUUUAUAAAAGUAUAUUCGUUGCUUGACUUCAUAACUUUUGAUGUUCCAAAAAGGGUUAAAUUGUAAUUUAUACUGUAGAUAUUUUUCCUCUAUAUUGUAUCUGAAUUGUGAAAUAUUGAAUGAAAAUAAUUCUUUUGGCUUU